AUGCUGGCUCAAUCUGCGCCCUCUAGACGCCGAUCUGGCACUACUGGAGGGCGAGGUGGCGGUUCCGGCGGUGCAGGUGGUGGAGCUGGUGUUGGCAACGGGUCCAGAGUGGCGCCAAGGCGAUCGGGCAGACAGAGGAGGCAUAGAGUGAGUCAUUCGAUUGUGCCUUCAGCUCUUGGAACAUUACUAAAUUAUAUAAUCUUUUUCAGUCUAGGUUAUCGGUUUAUUUCUUGUUCGAUGAUAGAGUUUUGUUAG